AUGAGGGUUAGCGAUGCUCGUUGGGUUUGUCGGUUUAAAAAGUGUAAAGCCAUCAUUGAAAAUUAUGUUGCUAUUGUUGAAACACUUAAGAUCGAAAUUGAGGAUCAAGCUGAUAAGAAUGUGCCUCAAGCAAUAGGAAUUCUUACUUCAAUAGGAAGAAGUGAAUUUAUUGUUUUAGUUUUUAUGCUCCAUGGACCAUGA